AUGUUUAAUUCAGUUCUAGAAACAAGAGGUGCUCAUAGGAUAAAAUUGGGUAUUAUGGCAUUCUCAGUGAUAACAAUCAGUCUCUCUAUUGUUUUUUUAGUGAACAUGAUUACUCCUUAUGGAAGAUUAACUAAAUCUUCUCCAGCAAGUACUUUUGCACAAUUAAUCUUCUGCAUCUUUGUCUAAAUGAGCUUGAUCUUUAGAUUAAAUGAUAUAAUGUAUCAGAAAAAGCAACCCUAAUAUAAACUUGGGCUAGAAAUUAUUAUUGCUGCAAUAGCAAUACUUUCAUUUAUAGAUUUUAUUUGUUGGUUCAUUAAUCCUGUUGCAAAUGUUCUUGCAGCAUUUAUAUGCUUAUUUACAUUUAUUAUUGCAGGCUUUCAAUCUACUUUAUGGAUUCUAUAGAGAAUUUAGAGCAGCCAAGGUGAAUAAGAGUUUGAUGCUAAUUUGACACAAUAAAUUUCGUAAAAUGAAAGCUCAAUACCAAAAACUUCAAAAUGUAUCAUAACUCUAGAGUAUAUUCUAUAUUCUUUUUUCUUUGUAUUGGUAAUCUUAAAUACCUGUUAAAUUAUACAUGAAGCAAAUCAUCCAGGAAGUUUAGGAGAAGGUGAAGAAUAUUAUACUGUCUAAAGUUAAGGUUAAGAUGUCAGAAUCCGUACAUAUUGUCUUGGAGAAAAGAAUUUACCAUAGAUUAUACUUGAGUCUGGAGGAGGUUCUAGUGGAAUAGAUUUUUAUGAAAUUUAAACUCAGCUUUCCACAAAUUAUAGAAUUUGUAGUUAUGAUAGGGCGGGAUAUGGAAUGAGUUGGUAAGCAGCUGCACCUUAGAGUUCUGAUAAUACUAUGAUUAUUGCUUAAUAAGUAAUGGAUAAGGUUGGUUUUAAUACUUCAGUACCUAAUUCUAUAGUUUGUAUUGGUCAUUCUGUUGGAGGAUAACUUUGUCGUUAUUAUGCAUAAUAUAUGACAAGUAUUUAAGGGAUUAUCUUAUUGGAUUCAGUGCCAGUAAUGAAUUGGUUUUAUUUGGUAGGAUAAUGUCAGAAUUAAACUGUGAAUUAAGUUUAUGCAUAAUAAUAAUCAACUUUGCCUCUUAUUAAGGCUAUGGCUUCUUUAUGGCCAUUCUAUAUAGAGACACCAUUUUUUAUGGCAAGAGAAGGAUUUGAACCUCAAAAUUUAUAAAGUUGGGUGAAUUGGUAAAUCACAACUACAAGAAAUUGGUAUUCAUAAUCACUUGGAUACGCAUCUGAACUUGAGGAAUGUUAAGAAUAAUGUAUGGAGUCAUCAAUCAUAAAUCCAUAAUCUAUGAUUAAUAAACCUAUUAUUGUUAUAACUGCAUAAAAUUAAUCUAUAACAUGUGCUGAUAGAAAUUUAACAGGUACUGAUUGCUAAUAAUAUGAAUGCACUUUUAAUAAUACAUUUUAAUUAGUAGUUAAUUAAUCACUCUUAGGUAAUUAAGUUAGCACCUAUGUUGAAUGCCCAGGUAUUUGCAAUCAUGAUUUUGUUUGGACAUAACCAGAUUUUAUAGUUUAACAAAUAGAAUAUUAUAUCCCAUUAUUCUGA